ACCUGCGGCCCCUGCCGGAGCCUCGCUAACUUUCCGAGGCGGAAGAGGAGGAGGAGGAAAGGGCUUUGAGUGUGUUGGGGGAUGCCGAGAAGCAUUCAGUUCCCUGCACCCAACACCUCCCAGCCCCUGGUGCAUCGACCCCGAAGGGCGGCGAGCUAGGCGGAGGCGCGGCGCGGGCUCAGCGGAGCGGCCCAUGUCCGGCGCAGGGGAAGCCCUGGCUCCCGGGCCCCAGCGCGGGGCUGAGGCUGGCGGUGGCCGGCUGGGCGCCCCAGCCCAGGAAAAAUGCGAUAAAGAAAAUACUGAGAGAGAGAUAACUCAAGCUACUGAUAGCUGCUUCACACAUGGAGAGAUGCAAGACCAGUCCAUUUGGGGAAAUUGUUCGGAUGAUGAACUCAUCAGAACCCAACCUCAGCGCUUGCCUCAGCUUCAAACUGCGGCGCAGGAAAGUGAAGAGGAAAUCAGCAAGAUAAAGCACGGCCACCCAAGUCUGAGCAAUGGCAAUGGAAUCCACCACGGGGCCAAACAUGUAUCUGCAGAGAAUCGAAGACUUUCAGCACCCGUGUCUCAAAAAAUGCAUAGAAAACUUCACUCCAGCUUGUCUGUAAACAGUGACAUCAGUAAGAAGAGUAAAGUAAAUGCUGUCUUUUCCCAAAAGACGGGCUCUUCACCUGAAGACUGCUGUGUCCACUGUAUCCUGGCCUGCCUGUUCUGUGAAUUCCUGACCCUCUGCAAUAUUGUCCUGGGACAAGCUUCGUGUGGCAUCUGCACCUCAGAAGCCUGCUGCUGUUGCUGUGGAGAUGAAAUGGGAGAUGACUGUAACUGCCCCUGUGACAUGGAUUGUGGCAUCAUGGAUGCCUGUUGUGAAUCAUCAGACUGCCUGGAAAUCUGUAUGGAGUGCUGUGGAAUUUGUUUUCCUUCAUAAAUAUUUAUCUUCUGUUUGCGUUAAAACUGGAGAGUAUUUUAAGUUUUUUCUUUUGAGGGAAAAGAAAAGCACGUGGUAAAAUUCUCAUCAAACAACCCAGUACUUGCACUGUUAACUCAUUAUUUUAGGUAAUCUCUGAAAGCCUUUUUCUCUCCCUCUAACCAAAUCCACAUGGUUUAAUAUGUGAAAUUUUAACUACUUUUACACUUGUUAAUAGGUUGCAGUGACUGAGGGACAUUUUGGCCAAAAACAGAGAAAAAAGAAGAAAAAAACCCCAAAAUGUCUCCUCCUUUUUAUACUUAUCUCUCUCUGUUUCUUUUAACGAGUCUUAGGAGCCCCUUGCUCCAAAUGUAUUCUUUGUUGGUGGUUAUUUAAAUCAGACGACUCAUUGUUAAUGUUUUUUCAGUGGUUACAGUAAGAUUCCUUAGCGGAGACUUUGGGGAACACGCCCACACCAGCGCUGGGCACCUCACGUCCGCGUCCACGCUCUGCUGGUUCAGCGGACGCCGGGCGCCUGCUGCGUGUGACCUGGGAAGAAUAAGCCGGCCCACAGGCAUAUUGAAGCCAUGAUUAUGAAAGAGAAACUCAACAGGCUGUAGGGAUACACACAGAAAGGAAGAGCUAAUGUCUAUGGGAAUAUUCAGAGGGCUGCCAGGAGAAUGUGGCCUUUGAAGGAGGCCUCUUGGGAUGAGUGAUUCAUCUGCUGCUUGAAUGGAUUAGCUUAGGACCAAGUUUUAGGUGACCAACCUGAGCUGACUGUGCCCUUGAGCAGUUACAAGAAAAAUGCCUCAUGUAUGUAUUUUCUUUAGUUGUGGCAAUACAUCUUUCUUUAAAAAAUAUAAAAUUUAAAUUAACUAAAAAUAAACAUUUUUUUUUACAUAAUUUAGAGGUUAUGAUAAAGUUUUGAUAAAAACAAUGCUUUAUUAAAAUACCUAUAUUUUAUCAAGAAUGUGGAGCACUUUUGAAAAGUUACACUUAAAUUAGGAAAAUUUUUAUAUUAAAAUCUCAGCAUUUUGAUUUUGAUUUAUUCAAAUGCUUUUCUUUUGAGAGCUUUAAGUAUUUUGCAAGGGGAAGGGUUAUUUGGUUAGGAAGCAAACCCCCCAAUAUUUGUAAGCACAGUUAACCUUAAAUACAAAUUAUUCCUUCCAGUGCAGUGGCCAUCUUGACAUCCAUUACUAUGACCAAAUUUCAGUAUUGCGAUUUUACAUUAAAUCCAAAUGGUGGGUUGUAAAGAUCCUUAAGUGUGAAGAAAUAAGUAAGACUUAUUAAGUUACUUGUUAAGACUUAGUAAGUUACUAAGACAUAGAGACUCUGUGUGGUACCGAUGAAGAGUAAAUUUUCCUUCUACAUGCUCUUCUGCUAAGCUUGAUGUCCCCAACUUGUAGUUUGGUUUGAUUUAAUGUAAUACCUUGUAGAAAUUUUGAAAGUAUAUCUUUGGAUGAAUAGUUAGUUUUUAUUAUUCCAAUUGAAUAUCAAAUUGAUAGUAAAAACAAAUGCAUAUUUUUAGGAAGCCUUUUAGCAAAUGUAGGCUUUUAAGAUUUUAAAACCUAAAGCAUGGGUAUGUCACCAAGAAUUUGUCCUUUGAAAUGAAACCUAGUUUCCACUUAUAUCAUUACUUAAGAGGCUUAAAAAAGAAAAAAAAAAAAUAGCAAACUCUUGAAUCCCCCUUUUAGUGCUCUUUACACACACACACACACACACACACACACACACACACUUAAAUUGUCAGGCUUAAAUAGAACUCUAGUCAACAGCUGUCUAUCUCUUCCUGGCCUAAAGAGCAUUUUUGAUGUAACAAAUGAAAUAUAAGAACCUCUUUCUACUAUUUCUUAGUAACCAGAAUCUGAAUAAUUUACAUAUAUCCAAAGUUAACAUGUAUAUAUAUUAGGAUGUAAGAGUAUCAACUUUAUAUUGAUAUAUAAAACCUUCUAAUGACCUGGAAUCAUUAAAAUAGUAUAUCUGUUAUACUGCAAAAAUUAUAUGCCAAACCAUUUGUCUAAUAUUUAAGUGUAUCCUGCUAUUUACAAGGAUGAUAUUAGCACUUUUAAAAUAAUGUUUCUCUGUAACAGAGAGCAUUAAUUGAUAGAAUUUUAAUCUCAUAUUUAUAUUCAUAGUACUUUUCCUCUAUUGUCUAUUCUGCAGUCAUACCACAAAGUACCUUGUAUGAUUUUUUUUAAAUAAAUGAAAAAAACAAAAGUAGCAAAUGUGAAAAUAUUUUCAAUAUGUAUUUUAGAAUUUCUGUAUGUAAAAUAUUUUGUUGAAUUAUAUGGACAUCAUAAGUGCUCUAGUUUACAGUUACAGAUUUGGUCUCUCUUUAAAUGUGGAAACGUAAUCUUAAAUAUUUUUAAACUGGACCUGUAUUAUCCUGAAUAUACUAUUUUAAAAUAAAAAAAAAUGAUUAAUCUAAU